GUAAAAAUGAUUAAUAAUUUUUCUUCAAGAAAAUACUUCAUUUUUAUUUGUACUAUAGCUAUAAUUGUAAUUCCAAAAUGGAUCUCAGCUCAGAAAUGUGGGUGUGCAGAAGGCUUAUGCUGCAGCAAAUGGGGUUAUUGUGGCACUGGAAAUGAUUAUUGUGGAAAAGGCUGCCAAGGAGGACCUUGUUAUGGUUCACUAAUAAGCAAUGGAUCAGCUUAUCCAGUUUCUGAAAUUGUUUCUGAAGCAUUUUUCAAUGGAAUUGCUAAUCAAGCUGCUUCUAGCUGUGAUGGCAAAGGUUUUUACACAAGAUCUGCCUUUCUUGAAGCUCUCAAGUCUUAUCCUCGUUUUGGAACUGUUGGUUCUUCUAAUGAUACUAAGCGUGAGAUUGCUGCUUUCUUUGCUCAUGUCACUCACGAGACUGGACUAGAGUACCCUUGUGUUCCUGGCAAGAAAUAUUAUGGCCGAGGACCGAUCCAAUUGUCAUGGAAUUUCAACUAUGGACCAGCGGGAAAGGACAUCGGAUUCGAUGGCCUAAACGACCCUGAUAUCGUGGCUAGGGACAGCAUUAUAUCAUUCAAGACAGCCUUGUGGUACUGGAUGAGCAAUUGCCACUCUCUCAUAACUUCUGGCCAAGGUUUUGGGGCGACGAUUCGAGCAACUUAUGGCCCGUUUGAGUGUGAUGGUGGCAAUCCUCCGGCUGUUGCUAGAAGGAUUGAUUAUUACACUGAGUAUUGUCACCAACUUGGUGUGGAGACUGGGAAUAAUUCCUCUUGUUAGGAGAAUCUGAAAUGUCUGAAUAAUGGCUACACAAGGAAAAAUGUCAAUCAAAUGAAAAGGGUUAUUUCACUAUG